GCUGCCCACCUAGUCCACCCUCGCGGUCAUCGCCCAGAACCAGAAGGCACUAGUUAAAGCGCCGGCCCUCUGCCGCUGCCGCCGCGACCUCCGCCGCUGGAGAAUCCCAGAUCCGAUCCCCGGCGCCAUGGGUGUGUCUUCUGUCCUCCCUCUCCUCAUCCUUUUCUCUCUAAUUUCGUCGUCCAUGGCGGAGAUCAAAACACUAAAAAUCACUGCCGACACCCGUCCCAUCAUCCUCUUCGAGAAGUUUGGCUUCACCCCCAACGGCUUCGUCAACAUCACCCUAUCUGACGUCUCCUUCGCCUUCUCCUCUGAUCCCCACCUCCUUGGCUUCUUCCUCCUCUCCGACGAGGGCCUCAUCGAGGCCACCUACGAAUCCCAGCAGCGCCAGCAGCAGCAAAAUCCUGACCCUAACCCUAAUUCCAACCCCGACUGCGUCCUCUCCAACCCCCACGUCCACCCUCUCUUCAAAUUCAACGAGCUCAUCGCCCCCAACAACAAUUUCCACCAGUCCUUCAACAUAACCCAUCCCGAUGAGUACAGCCUGUACUUCGCCAACUGCAACCCCGAGUCCCAGGUCUCCAUGGCCGUCCGCACCGUGAUGUACAACGCUCGCCCCGACGGAACCCCCGAUUACCUCUCGGUCGGCCAGUCCCCCGUCCCUUCCCUCUACUUCUUCUUUGCCCUCGCCUACGUCGCCUUCCUCGCCGUCUGGAUCUACUUCUGUCUUCUCAAGAACCGCCUCUCCUCCCACCGGAUCCACUACCUCAUGGCCGGCCUUCUCACCACCAAGGCCUUCAACCUUCUCUUCGCCGCCGAGGACCAGCACUACGUCCGCGUCACGGGCACCCCCCAUGGCUGGGACGUCCUGUUCUACCUCUUCCAGUUCCUUAAAGGUGUCCUCUUGUUCACCGUCAUCGUCCUCAUCGGCACCGGCUGGUCCUUCCUCAAGCCCUUCCUCCAGGAGAAGGAGAAGAAGGUCCUUAUGGUCGUGAUCCCGCUCCAGGUGAUCGCUAACAUUGCUUCAAUUGUCAUUGGCGAGACUGGGCCUUUCAUCCGGGACUGGGUCACCUGGAACCAAGUCUUCCUCCUCAUCGACAUCAUCUGCUGCUGCGCCGUGCUGUUCCCGAUCGUCUGGUCGAUCCGAUCCCUCCGCGAGACCUCCAAGACCGAUGGGAAGGCUGCCAGGACUCUCGCCAAGCUCACUCUUUUCCGGCAGUUCUACCUUGUAGUCAUCGGGUACCUGUAUUUCACGAGGGUCGUGGUGUAUGCACUCAAGACGAUCGCGUCGUACAAGUACCGGUGGGUGAGCGUGGCGGCAGAGGAGACUGCUAGCCUUGCUUUCUAUAUCUUUAUGUUUUAUAUGUUUAGGCCGGUGGAGAGGAACCAGUACUUUGUGCUCGAUGAUGAAGAGGAAGAGGCGGCACAGGCAGCGCUCCGGGAGGAGGAGUUCGAGCUCUGAACGGCGGGAGGAUUGAAGAGUUACGAUCAGGUUCAAUAGGACCAUCCAUCCUUCGUGGACAUCAGUGCCAUUGCAACUUGGACUACUUGCACAAGCAUGUUUGGUGAAAUGGCUCAACUGGAGAAGUUUGAUGCAUCUUUUAUAGUGAAAUAGUCUACUCCCAGUGGUUUGUGCACAUGACUAUGGUGCUUCGCACAAAAGCAAGGCUUACUGGGAAUAUUUGGGUUAGAGAACCUAUGAGGCUGUAGAUCAAGCAUCCAAAGACCAUCAUCACAUGUUGUGCAGCCAUUUGAGUUUUUCUUUCAACGGGUGAUUUGAUUGUUGCAUCUGUAGGCAACAGUGAUGAAGGGGGCUUCUGCACCUUUUUUUUUUUUUGAGGAAAGAUUUCUGUGUUUUUUGAACAAAGCAUUUAUUCCCCUUUUAGAGAUUUCAAGCUUUCAUUGCACUUAUUGGGUUUCAUAGUCCUCUAUGCCAUUCGCUACCAAACUCCGUAAUACGUGACACUUCUGAUUUGUGGUUUGAGUAUGCACUCUAAUGUUCAGACAUGGACUAUUCAAUGUUGUUCUAUUUGUUUAUUAAUUUGUGAGGGAUCUUAAAUAGUUUAAUACUUAGAAGUUAGAACUGCUCCAUUUUGUGAGCAGAAGAAGCAGCUGUCAGUUCAUUGUAAAAGCCAGAUUAGUGGAAAAAUCAUGAAUAAAACUUUAUCAUCAAAAAAAAUUAAAU